GACUGUGGAUCUCUUAAUAGGAUUAUCUAUUCUCAGUACAGGAGAAAGGCCGAGGGGAAACUGAACACAGACAGGAACUUAUGAAAAUGUGUUUGUGUUUUCAGCAACAAUUAAAAAUCCACUGUUGACUGUGAAGAGGAUGUGAAUAUUUUAAUCUGUUUUCUACCUGAGUAAGACAUUUGGAUUAUUCUUGUGAAGACACAAUGGACGAUGAGCCUGAUGCAGAGGCAAGCAGCUACUGUCCUUCCAUCAUGCUGGGCAGUGAAGACAGUGAAGAAGAGAGCAGUCAAGAGGAGCUGCCAAUCACAAGCUGGCACGAGUUGUCCAUCAUAGAGCGCGUGGGCCUCAACAGUGUAGAGAUGUCAGAGAAAGAUUUGGAGACUGCCUUCUCUCAGAUCGCCCUGGCCUUCCGCUGUGAUCAGUACACCCUGAAGCAGAGGCUGCAGGCGGAGGAGCACGCCCGCAACCUGGCUGAGGAGAACAUCCAGCUGGAGCUGACUAGAGGCAGGGAGACCCUGGAGACACUUAAGGGCCUUUGUCUGGACAGUAAGCGCAGUAAGAUCCUGCAGAGGCUGGAGCUGUCUCUGGACAUCCUCGGUGGGACUGUGGAACGGAUCUCCAACACAGCUGAGGUGCUCGGUGCUGUGCACCAGGAGGCUCGAGUGAGUCGGGCAGUCGAGCUCAUGGUGGCUCACGUGGAGAAUCUGAGGAGACGACAUGACAGAAACGUGGCUGAGCUAGAGGAGGCCAAAAAGGUGAUCCAGCAGCAGAACUCCUACAGAAACAUCAUCGACCCCAGAGCAUCGCCAGACCCAGAGGAAAGUUACAACAGAAAGAAAAGCUAUCUGCAGAACAGCGGUCGUCAAAGGGUCAGUGUAUCUUUAAUUCCCAGCCAAACCCAGGAGAAGAUAAAGCGAGACUUGAGGAAGCGGGCCACUGAUGGAGAGUUCUCCAGCAAGAAGUCCUUCCGCACCUGCCCGUCUCCAUCCCUGAGCUCCGAGUCCAGCUGCUCUGCCAUGACCAAGGACGACAGCUACUCAGUGGAUGACAGGCCACUGGAUCCAGAUGAAGCUACGUCAGACGCUUCAGCUGCUCAGCUUCCUCCGCAGCCCUCUCCCACCCCAAACCCAGAGAGCCUCCCUUCGAAACAACUGGCCACCAGAAAGAUACAAAGCAAACAUUCCCCUCUGGAUACUUUGCGACAGAGACACAAGGGCAAAGCUGCGUUAUCAAAGAACAGAGCAGACAAGGAUAAGAAGAGUAAGAAUAUUUACAGACGGCUUUCUGUGGGCACGUAUGGAUCUUUGUGGAGACAACAUCCUCUGACUCACUGGUUGUAUCGCUGUCCCUGGGCGCUCCUCUGCAUGUACCUGUUUGUGCUUUUCUGUGUCGUAACUGUGACUUACUUAGUGUUGGAAGCUUCAUGAUGGAGCACUUGAGCCAUGAACUGUUUUCUGGAACAUAUCAGGAUGUUGUCUAAAUUAUGUGGCUGUACUGUAAACAUCGAGUGUGUAGACUAGAUGAAAGCUCUUUGUAUAUGAAUACAAAACAUUUUGAUGUAACA